UUACAUUUUUUUUUAGAAGAAAACCUACUUUUCUGAAAGCUAUCAAUAAAGACGUGUGGUGGCAAGAUGCUGAGGUACAUGAAAUGUAUGAUUAUACUUUCCGGAACAUUUUUCCUCCUCUACUUCGGCCUGCACCCUUUGAGUAAGCUUUUUGGCGACGAUUCCCCACCAGAUCAGUAUCGGGAGUUCACCUUGAUCAACACCUCCAAAUGCCAUUUGGUUGGCCGGCAUAUUCCUCCACCCAUCACCCGAACCCACGAGAAUAUUCUCUCAUUGCGAUGCAACAAGGUACAGUUAAUGUUUACGGAUACCAGGAAUGAUGGAAACUACCUGAUGCCCAGUCAAGUUCUUGAAGAGUUGUGGUGCCACUACUGGCUUUAUGUUCCUGAGAAUUGGAAGACGGAUAAGUUAUUAGGAGAUGGACAGUUCAACUUAAUGCCAUAUGCCCAAGACGGCUUCAAGGUUGGCACUGGCCGGCAGACAGUGCGAGUCCUGUGCAAAAGUGCUUCAAAGGAAAUCAAAUACCACGACGUUCACUUCUUUCUGCCACCCCCUGAGCCGGAUCUGAUUCCUAAAGAUGAGAAUGAUGACAAAAUGUCGGUACUGAUUUUGGGCAUAGACUCUUUAUCCACGAUGGUAUUUCUCCGGAACUUCCCAUUCUUGACAGGCCUCUUGUCUUAUUUGCCGAACACCGCGUUUUGGGGCUAUAGUCGAGUGGGCUUGGGUGCCUAUGAGAACGUUAUGGCACUUCUUAGUGGACGUAGCAUCGACGAAUUGGAUCCAGACUGGCCAACCCCAGAGGAUGAAACUGAAAGCCCCUCAUAUAAGGAGGCUAGAGGUCCGCAUUUCCUUUGGGAGAAGUUCAAAGCCGCUGGCUACAGGACUGCCUACGGAGAGGAUACCGCCCAGAGCUUUGCCAGCCGGACCGAAAGAUGGAGAUUUUCCAGGGAGUUCCCGGAAUAUAAUCUGCAUCCUAUAAUGUUGGAGAUGGAUCGUAACACACGCUACAGCAUUGAUGUCCGUGAAAUGAUUCACUGUACAGCGGGCCGUGAGUUUGGAGGUGUUCUGCGAGACUUUAUUACCAGUCUGGUGCCUCAUUUCAAGCAAAGCCCGUUUUUCUCCUUUUUCUGGGAGUCGCAGGGCGUUGAGGAGUACUACCAGUACUCACGGACCCUGGAUGUGGCCUACUUGAUGCUUUUAAAGCGUUUGGAGGAAGAGAAUAUCCUUAAUAAGACGCUGGUUCUCCUGGUGUCCGGACACGGGCUGCGGAAGGGAAAUUACAGGAUGAGCUACCAGGGCAUGCAGGAGGAGUCGCAGCCUCUACUGGUUGCCAUUUACCCAGAGUGGCUAAAGGCAAAGUAUCCCAUGGCCAUUUCGAAUCUUGAGAUCAAUUCCAGAAGUCUGGUAACUGCAUACGAUCUGCACGAGACGUUAGAGGAUGUGCUGCACUUGGAUCAGCUGAAGGACUCCAACUUGCAGAAACGGAUGAGUGACCUGGAGUCAAGAGAUGGAAAAAGUAUGCCUCGAGGGAUAAGUCUCUUUCUACCGAUUCCGGAUGCGAGGACCUGUGACAUGGCCGGAAUACCCUCUCUGUUUUGCUUCUGCCGGGAGCUUACGGAAGUGCCCACGGAUGAUGGCCUGGUGCUCCGUUGCAGUCGCUUUCUGGUGAAGUCCAUUAACGAAAUGCUCAAACCAUAUCCAAUUUGCCAACAACUGAAGCUUCAUAUGGUGAUGGUGGCCUAUUUUGUGGACUUUGGUGAGGAAUCCUUCAUCUAUGAGUUGCGGCUGAGGGUGAAGACCAUGCCGGGGGAGGGAAUUUUCGAGGGCACGGUCCGGCUCACGGACCAGAUGCAUCUGACCAGUCCCAUCAAUCGGAUCAGCCGGUACCUGAGCCGAUCCACCUGCAUCGGGGAACCCUACAUCAAAACAAUGUGCCAUUGCCUGAAUUAAGAAAUUAUCGGUAA